AUGACUCUGCAAAGCUUUACACGCAAAAUGCGCGGACGCAUGCGCUCAAACACCUGCCGCAUCGUGCUGCUCACCUCUUUGGUGUGGGUCAUAUUUGACUUUGUGCUCAUAGCCCACUAUUCGGACUGUAUAGGCAAGGAUGGCUGGCGUUGCAGGCGAGCCGGCGAAUACGAUGUGGAGCAGCCCAACGCUGAGCGUUUGGUGGACGACAAUCAGCUGGUAAAUGAUAAUGAAAUCAAUACGGAAAAAUCAUUGGAUGCCGAGGAUAGCGCUGGCAUUGCGCCCAUUAUGGGUCAAGGCUUCGUCUCUGGCGGCAUUUCGAUGACCUAUCGCAGCGUGGUGUUGAAAAAAUGGUUCCAGGCGCCCACGGUGCGUGAGUCGCGUGGCAAGCCGGGCGAGAUGGGUAAACCCGUUAAAAUACCCGCCGACAUGAAGGAUCUCAUGAAGGAGAAGUUCAAGGAGAAUCAGUUCAAUCUAUUGGCCAGCGAUAUGAUCUCAUUGAAUCGCUCGCUGACAGAUGUGCGGCACGAGAAUUGCCGGCACAAACACUAUCCCUCAAAGCUGCCCACCACCUCAAUUGUGAUAGUAUUCCAUAAUGAAGCGUGGACAACGCUGCUGCGCACCGUUUGGAGUGUCAUCAAUCGUUCGCCGCGCUCUCUGCUCAAGGAGAUCAUACUGGUGGACGAUGCCAGCGAGAGGGACUUCCUGGGCAAACAGCUGGAGGAUUAUGUGGCCAAGUUGCCAGUUCGUACGUUCGUGCUGCGCACGGAGAAACGUUCCGGUUUGAUACGCGCACGUCUCCUGGGCGCUGAGCAUGUCACUGGCGAGGUCAUCACCUUCCUGGAUGCGCAUUGUGAGUGCACCGAGGGCUGGCUGGAGCCUUUGUUGGCGCGCAUUGUUCAGAAUCGUCGCACUGUCGUGUGUCCCAUCAUUGAUGUCAUCUCCGAUGAGACCUUCGAGUACAUUACCGCCUCGGAUUCAACGUGGGGCGGCUUCAACUGGAAGCUCAACUUUAGAUGGUAUCGUGUUCCACAGCGUGAGAUGGCCAGACGCAAUAAUGAUCGCACAGCCCCGCUGCGUACACCGACAAUGGCUGGUGGCUUGUUCUCCAUCGACAAGGAUUACUUCUAUGAGAUUGGCUCCUACGAUGAGGGCAUGGACAUUUGGGGUGGCGAGAAUCUGGAAAUGUCGUUUCGAAUAUGGCAAUGCGGAGGCAUUUUAGAAAUUAUACCCUGCUCGCAUGUGGGCCACGUGUUCCGCGACAAGUCCCCGUACACCUUCCCGGGCGGCGUUGCCAAAAUUGUGCUGCAUAAUGCGGCGCGGGUGGCCGAGGUAUGGCUGGAUGAGUGGCGUGAUUUCUAUUAUGCAAUGAGCACAGGCGCUCGCAAAGCUUCUGCUGGAGAUGUCAGCGAUCGCAAAGCUCUGCGCGAUCGAUUGCAAUGCAAGAGCUUCCGCUGGUAUCUGGAGAACGUUUAUCCGGAAAGCUUAAUGCCACUGGACUACUACUAUCUAGGCGAGAUACGCAAUGCAGAGACUGAAACCUGUCUGGACACCAUGGGUCGCAAGUAUAACGAAAAGGUGGGAAGCAGCUAUUGCCACGGUCUCGGCGGCAAUCAGGUGUUCGCCUAUACGAAGCGGCAACAGAUCAUGUCUGACGAUCUGUGCCUGGACGCGGCCAGCUCCAGUGGGCCAGUGAAUAUGGUACGCUGCCACAAUAUGGGCGGCAAUCAGGAAUGGGUAUACGAUGCGGAGGAGAAAUGGAUACGACACACGAAUACGGGCCAGUGCUUGCAGCGUGCCACGCGAGAUGAUGCCAGCACGCCGCUGCUGCGGCCCUGCAACUAUUCCAAGGGGCAGCAGUGGCUGAUGGAGUCCAAGUUCAAGUGGCAGGCGCACUAGCUAGCCAGCUAAACGGAUUAACUAAACUAAACUUAGAACUUCCAAUAUGUGUUUAACUGUUAACUAAGUUGCCAGCAGGAGGAGAGGAUAAAAACAGGAGCAUGAUAAAAAGCAUGAGUAGGAGCCAGGCGUAGGAUAAGGAGAAGAAGCUGAGUUACUAGCAAGGAUUUCAAGCAUUUUUUUCUCCUCUGUUACAUUUAUUUACUAAGUUUUAGUCUAAGAUGAUAGUUUUUUCUGUAUCUGUGUGCGUGUGUCGCCGAAUGUCUUCCCAAUUGAUGUGCGUGCGUGUGCGUGUGUAUGUUUGUGUGUGUGUGUAUAAAUGUAUACAUAAGUGCUUAUGUGCAUAUAUAUAUAUAUACAUGUUUAUAUAUAUUGUAUGUAUGUGUGCGUUUAGUUUAUGUACCAUAAUGCAUAGAUUUGUAAUAUAUACGUAUACAUAUUUACCUAGCCCCGACCAAGUACCAAUAAAUUGGCAUUUAAAUGACAAUGUGCUUCACAAGGAAUACAACAACAACAGUAACAAAAUGAAAAGAACUAACUAACUAAAACUAAUAUGUGUCAUAGCAGAACGACUAAACCAAGUUAAGCAUAUACCCACAUAUAUAGUAUAUGCUUAAACCAGAGCAGCCCGCACCACAUUCCCCUAACUCUAAUAACUAUCGGGCGUUGUGUUGUUACACAUAUAAAUAUAUAUAUAAAUAUAUUUAAGAUUUAAGUUUCUUAACUUUGUUUAUUUCGACCCGCUUCGCUUUGUACCAAAUGAUAAAAAUCGAAUUCUUGUUAAAAAUCUAAAAUGCGCUGCAUUUCCAUAUCAUAAACAACAACA